UAGAGAUUAGGAGAUUGAUGGAAUCAGUGCCAGGGUGACAAGCGAAGGACUGUAGUAAUGUAGCUACUUACUUUAAUAAAGACUUUAUGGUCUAUAUAUGUGACGAGCAUUGACAGCCUAGUCAAAGAGAGAACUGAGUGAAACUUGGUGGCAAGACUGAGAUAGAAGAAGUUGAGGAAGCACUUGAAGUUCUUAAGAUGUGUACUAAAAACUUUUUAGUUGCGGUAAAAUCUAGCAAUUACCAAGACAUGAAAGAAUACAAUAUCGCUGCUGAAAAGAUCCAUGAGAAGAUCAUAGAAGUCUCAAAGGAAUUCGAAAACACUAAAGAAAACCAAGAAUUCAAAAAUCAUGCGGACAUUAAACUUAAGAUUAAAAGUUUAUACUGAGAGCUGGAAGAGGAUGCCACUUUUAACCAAUUUUGUAGAGAGAGUUACUUCUCUAUGAUGUGAGACUUCUUGAAAGCCAAUAAAUCUAGCAUUAGCAAAUUAUUUGAAGGAAAUCUUAUAAAACAAGACGAGAAUAGCAAAUACGAAAAUGAUUUUGCUACAGAAGAACUUCAGCUGCUAAAGAAAGAAUUCAAAGACUUUAAAAACAAAGUCAUUAAUUAUUUAAAUCCAAAAACAAUAAAAGGACUGAGGUGAUGCUAUGAACUCAUUACAGACAAAAAGAAUGAAAUUGUGAAGAAAGAAGAGCUCGAUCUUAAUGUGAACGAUUCUAAAGAUCAAGAAUUAAUGAAAUUAAUGGAAAAUAAUAUUUGCUCGAAUUUAAAGACUUUAUACAUUAAUAAAAUCAAUAACAGCAUCCAUAUUGCUAAAGAGUUCAUAUUCUCUUCAUUUCCUCUAAAAACUGCAAGAUUUGAUUUUUAAUAGCUCAGGAGCAGUCAUAGAUAGUGAUCAGAUUAUUGAUGUUUUUUGAUAUGUUAGCUCCAAAGUAACAACAACUUUCUUCAUCUAUGGUUGUGGGAUCGACAAAAUUCAAUUAAAAACAAUCUUUCGAGUGGUAGCACAUAAUAAGAUAAACUUUGGCUUUUCAAAUUGCAAGAUUAAACUUGAUGUUGUUCCAAACUUGAAAAGCUGUCUUAUUGGUUCCACAAUUCAAGCAUUAUCUCUUUCGCGUUGAAGAGUUCCGCAUUAUUGAGAUUAGAGAAACCAUCCGGAAAGGUUUCAAAAUUUAAUAAAAGGAUUAUCUCAAAGUGAAGACUUUAAGAAAAACUUGAAGUUUCUUUAUAUGGAGGGAUGAGGAAUGACCGAAGAUAGCAUAAGACAAAUACUAGAUAGUAACGGUUUUGAUAAAGUCAAAAUUGAGAACCAUUCAGAGUAGGAUAAGAACUUUUGUAAUUAAUAUAUAUAUUUCAACUAAAUGC